CUCAACUCACUCCACACACCACCACGAGUAUUCCUACUGCUAAUAACGUGGAAAUACCUUAAAUACAGGCAUUUUGUCUUCUGCUAGCCCGGGCGCGGGGUUCAGGUUUCUGACUAUGGCGAAACAGUACGAGAGGUUCCUUAGAAUACUGAAAAACUGGCCGGUGUAUCCUGAGUACCCAGCACCUUUAAGGAGUCUUCCAAAACACAUCCGUGAAGAAGGCAAGGUGGCAUUCUCAGUUCGGGGGGACUUGGCUGGGAAUCCUCAAACCUGCGAUAGACAUUUGAAAUCUCUCGAAAGACUUUCAAGAGGACACUGGUCCAAUACGUAUCCAUCUAACCGCCAGACAGGUGCCUUAGGCUUGACAGCUGAACAAUGUCGAUUUGGAUUAUCAGAAGAGUACCAAAAGUCUUUGAAUUCAUCAAAAAUUUAUUCCUCGUUUCGUAAUGUUCUUGAUUUUGGAAAGAAAGAGAACAGCUGACUUUGAUAUCUAACUACUACCGUGACAGCAACUCACACAAAUAUUUAUUUUCCUAGAAGAAAAAAUGCCUAAGUUUUGCUCUGGGGAAGCACAUUGGUAGUUGAUAGACACUGCCACCAAAAAUAAUCAGAAAUAAGUGCUUUAAUUCUUUUCAGUUUUACUGUCAUGUUAUAAUAAAAAAAUAUGGUGCCUCAUGUUCUUUUUGUUGAAAUUAUGAAUAAACAAACGCCAUCCUCAUUA